AGGUCCCGCCCCCACCCCCGUUGCCAGGGCAUCCGGCUGCCCGGAGCCGGCAAGGUCGGCCAGGAAAGUAGGUGUGGUGUCCCGCGUCCGGCUGGGACGUCCACGCAGCCGGGCCGGCGGGACUACAGGAUGGGCUGAGGCGGCGGCGAUUCUCAGGAAGAGGUCCACAGCGCGGCGAGACGGGCCACUCGGGUUGGGGCUGCACAGACUGUGUUUGAGAAGAGGGCAGGACGUAUGGGUGACUGUAGUGCUGAGAAGCCAGGCUUGAAAAUGGAGAUGUAUGAAACCCUUGGAAAAGUGGGAGAGGGAAGUUAUGGAACGGUCAUGAAAUGCAAGCAUAAGGAUACUGGGCGGAUAGUGGCCAUUAAGAUAUUCUAUGAGAAACCAGAAAAAUCUGUCAACAAAAUUGCAACGAGAGAAAUAAAGUUUCUAAAGCAAUUUCGUCAUGAAAACCUGGUCAAUCUGAUUGAAGUUUUUAGACAAAAAAAGAAAAUCCAUUUGGUAUUUGAGUUUAUUGACCACACGGUCUUAGAUGAGUUACAGCAUUAUUGUCACGGAUUAGAGAGUAAGCGACUAAGAAAAUACCUGUUCCAGAUCCUCCGAGCAAUCGAGUAUCUGCACAACAACAACAUUAUCCAUCGAGAUAUAAAGCCUGAGAAUAUUUUAGUCUCCCAGUCAGGAAUUACAAAGCUCUGCGAUUUUGGGUUUGCGAGGACACUAGCAGCUCCUGGAGACGUUUACACAGACUACGUGGCCACCCGCUGGUACAGAGCUCCAGAGCUGGUGUUGAAAGACACCACCUAUGGAAAACCGGUGGAUAUCUGGGCUUUGGGCUGUAUGAUCAUCGAAAUGGCCACUGGCAAUCCCUACCUUCCUAGCAGUUCCGAUUUGGAUUUGCUCCACAAGAUAGUUUUAAAAGUAGGCAACCUGACCCCGCACCUGCACAAUAUCUUUUCCAAGAGUCCCAUCUUUGCUGGGGUGGUUCUUCCUCAAGUUCAACAUCCCAAAAACGCAAGAAAGAAAUACCCAAAGCUCAACGGAUUGCUGGCAGAUAUAGUUCAUGCUUGUUUACAAAUCGAUCCUGCUGAGAGGAUAUCAUCCACCGAUCUUUUGCAUCACGAUUACUUUACUAGAGAUGGAUUUAUUGAGAAAUUUAUACCAGAGCUGAGAGCUAAGUUAUUACAGGAAGCAAAGGUUAAUUCAUUUAUAAAGCCAAAAGAGAACUUUAAGGAAAAUGAACCUGUGAGAGAUGAGAAAAAAACAGUUUUUACCAACCCUCUGCUCUAUGGAAACCCAACACUUUAUGGAAAGGAAGUGGACAGAGACAAAAGGGCCAAGGAGCUCAAAGUCAGAGUCAUUAAGGCCAAAGGGGGGAAAGGAGACGUCCCAGACCUGAAGAAGACAGAGAGUGAAGGUGAACACCGCCAGCAGGGCACAGCUGAGGACACACACCCCACCUCACUGGACAGGAAGCCUUCUGUCUCGGAACUAACAAACCCUGUCCAUCCCAGUGCGAAUUCUGACACUGUCAAAGAAGACCCACACUCUGGGGGCUGUAUGAUAAUGCCACCUAUCAACCUGACAAGCAGUAAUUUGUUGGCCGCAAAUCCCAGUUCAAACCUCUCCCACCCCAAUUCACGGUUAACUGAAAGAACAAAAAAGAGACGCACCUCUUCACAAACUAUUGGACAAACUUUGUCUAAUAGCAGACAAGAGGACACAGGUCCCACACAAGUCCAAACAGAGAAAGGUGCAUUUAAUGAGCGAACAGGUCAGAAUGACCAAAUAGCAAGUGGAAACAAAAGAAAACUGAAUUUUUCCAAAUGCGACAGGAAAGAAUUCCAUUUCCCUGAGCUGCCGUUCACAAUACAGGCGAAGGAGAUGAAGGGGAUGGAAGUUAAACAGAUAAAAGUGCUGAAGAGAGAAUCAAAGAAAACAGAUUCACCUAAAAUACCAACUUUACUUAGUAUGGACUCAAAUCAAGAAAAACAAGAGACAGAACCGUGCAUGACUGUGAAUGAGCAGCUUGGUCAAGAAAGGCAAGAGCCCACAGGGAGGGGAGGCCAAGGGGUGGAGAUGGCGAUUGUGAGGGGAAGAAUUUGAAGAGGAACAGAUUUUUUUUUUCCCGAUAGUGCUUUGUCUUUUAAGUAAUCUUAAAAAUACAAGCUUGACAAGUCCUUCCUUUUUAUUUGAUAUACAAUAGACUGUAACGUAGGUUGCUGCUAAGAUAGCUGUCCAUCCCAUCUGCAUCAGCAUCAUCUGCUUUUUUGGUUUUGCUAGCAAAAUUUUAACCAUUUUUCUCUUUCUUCUAAAAACUGUUAUUUUGAUGCUGUGAUUUGAAAUUAUAAAAUCACCUUCUCUACCUGCUUCCUUCCUUGCUACAAUUACUGAGUGGGUAGUCACAUGAUGUGCCCUGCUCACAGCGCUCUUAGCCUGCUGAGAGUCGAACCUCAUAAGCCAGGGUCUCCUGGAAAGCACUGGCCUCUUCAAGUGGAUGCUCGAUGAACCUUCAUAUCUGUUGUCUUAGCAACCACUCGUUGCUAUCACAUGAUGAAAGACAUUCUGUUGUCAGCAGUGAAGCAUUUAUAGUACUUUCAUAAUAUCAGUGAUAUGAUGACAGUGAUAUGAUGUUCCUAGGUUAAAUUC